AUGCCUAACAAGUUUAGGAGGUCUAGAAAUGGGUGCCAGAAUUGUAAGACAGAUAAAGUGAAAUGUGAUGAAGGGAAACCCAGUUGUGGUCGUUGUAUGAAAAAGGCAACACCUUGCAACUAUACGGUACAGUUACGAUGGUCUAUAUCAAAUGCUAAGAUCCAGAAACGCCCAAAACAAAGAAAUAGCAAAUCUAUCAAAGGUCCUUUAAUACACGAAGUAGCUUCUCAGGACCUCGUAAUAAGUAAAGGAAUAAACACUGCCACCGAUAUAGAGCAGAUAACUCCUGUUAGUACAGUAAAUGAUGACAUGUUUCAAUCCUUUUUAUCAAUGUUUAAUACACCUGGGAACUAUAAUAUUUCGCCUUUUGAUUUAAUUCCUCAAAAUCUAGUGCUGCCCUCAGCGUCAGUAUUAUCGAACAUUCAUAUUGGAUCUUUAAAUUUACCGUUACCUUUGCCUCGGUUAUUGACUGAAUCGCCAUAUAAUAUGGAUCUCUUCGAAUUUUAUAUAAAAGAGACCAGUAGUCUGUUGACACCAACUCAAGAAUCUCCAUUUUUCAAGAAUCCAUUUAAAUUUCUAAUCUCUCAAAUGGCUGUUCAAUCAGAUACCUUAAUGAACAUUCUAUUAGCAUUUAGUGCUAAUCAUAAAAAACAGAUAACUAACCAAAUAGAAGAACUAAAUGAUACCGGAGAGGUUAGUAAUGUAAUUACAAAGGGAGAUUCUGAUAUUCCGCCAUCUAUACAAAACAUUCUAUCACCUUUACACACAUCGAGGGAUCCUUUAAACAACAAGACGUUGAUCAAUGAUCUUCUUUCUAAGACAAUAACUGACCUGAUGGGACAGUUGAGAAGUGUGUCGGAUCGGACAAGUGAUACAACAUUAGCUACUGUACUGAUGCUAACCUUAUUUGAUAUUUUCUUUGGCGAUAAAAGAAGGUCAUGGAGAGAACACCUUGAAGGUGCAAGAAAUUUGUUUGCAGAGAGACUAAAAAAAUCAAAUAUCGAAGGAAUAGACGACCUUACAAUCAUUUUACCGUUUGAUACACAAGUAUCGACAAAUUUUUUGUUUUGGUGGUUCUCAUAUGUUGAUAUCGUUGCUUCAUUGUCAUCCGUGAGUCCAUUUUCUUCUUCAAAACAAACCCCUUUACCAUCAGACUCUCCAAAUCCGAUGAAUAGUCCAAUAUUUAAUUAUCGUUUCCCAAAUUUUUGUAAAACUCAAACUGAUCUGGACUAUCUAAGUGAAAAGAGAGCCAAUUUGGAUGACAUAGAACGUGGUAUAGGUGUUGACCCGAAAAUUUUAUCACUAAUGGGAGACAUAUCCGUUUUAAUAUAUUUUCAUGACGACUUCGAUACUAGUAGCCCCGACCAGGAAACAUUGAUCAGAGCUCUUGAACUUGAUCAUGAUUUACAAGAAUAUGUGAAAAUCUCUGAGAAUGAACGCGAUCAAGUAAUGAAUAAGCUUAAACACAACGGUCCUGAUUUAACAUCCGACAAACUCGAAGCAUAUAAGAUUUUAAGGGCUACAAAUAUAGUAUUUGCGUUUAGUGGACUAUUACAACUGAAGAGAAGGAUACUACGGAUCCCAUUAUCGAGCACUAUCGUUAAAGAUAUCCUUAAGAAAAUUACAAAUUUAAUUGAUCGUUAUAUUCCAGUUCAGUCCUCAACCACUUCCUGUAUCAUAUUCUGUCUCUUCUGUUGUGGCUGCGAUUUAAUAGACCCAGAAAUGGAACAAUAUCGACACAUCUAUUUGGAGAGAAUAGACCAGCUGACUAAGAAAGGGGUAAGUAGUGUUUUAGUAGCCAAAUCCAUCAUGUUGGAAUGCUGGCGUGAUAAGAAAAAUUGGUGGGAUAUCCUUUUGGAGAAAGAUCUAGACUUGACAUUUGCAAUUUAA